UUAGUGCACAUUGGAACUUGCAAAAUGAAAUCUGUGAUUUGCUGCAAAGAUACGGUUGCAGAAAUCCGCAUUUGGUUGCUUCAAGCUGUCCGUUUAAUCGACCAAUACAGAUGGAUGGUUGAUUCAUAUGUUUCAGACUUUUUUGUGGAUCGUAAAUGGGACAAAUUAAACAACAGCUGGAAAGCCACAUUGGAGCAGUUACAGCCCGAUGAGUUAGUGUCUUUGCUAGAUGCAAAUAAGCAGGAUUCUAGGCAUGUUUGGCCACUUUCCCUUCUGGCGUACAAAGCUACUACGCAAGCUCUGUCUUUACCAAGAAAACCCCUUUCAGCUGAUGAGUUAAGAAAAAGACUAUCCACUUGUCAAUCUCAGUCCACAUGCACUAGUGAUUUUCAGCAAACAAGUGCAGCUGGAUGCCAGAAAACUGAGAUUAGUAAUGGACAGUGUUUGUCUCUUGAUCACUGCUACAGAAGGCAUGUCAAGCCAAAGAAACAACAUGAAAUACAGGGUUUGGCACAGGUUGUCAGUCUGCUCUCCAUAAGUUGCCAGUGUUCCAGAGUGGUAGAUGUUGGUGCUGGUCAUGGUCAUUUAUCAAGACUUCUGGCUUUUGGACAUGGACUGGAUGUUACAGCUCUGGAAGCUGCAAGUGUGCAUGCACCUAAGGCACAGACAUUUGAUAAAGAAGUUGUGAAAGAUAUUUUUAAGGCAGAGAAAAGAUCAAAAGAGAAGGAUGAAGAAACCCCUAGCAGUCUCACGAGUGGAGAUCUUCUAGUCCCACACCAUGUGGUUUGUAGAAUUGAACCAGACAUUUCAGUACAGGGCUUUUUAUCUGUGAUUAAAGAAAGCAGAAGUAUCAACUCACCAGGAAGAAUUUCUGAACAACUGUCACCACUACCACAUCCACAACAACCAGAACCAAUUUGUCAAAAUAUUGUGUCUUCAUUUUCUUACUACAUUAAAACUGAUGGAAGCAGUGAAGUUUAUCACAGUACCAGUUCAGAGGACAAGCAAAAAGCUGAAGAUCAAUGUAAAGCAUUUACAAAGAAAGAUGACAGUGCAAGCAAUAGAAGUGAUGAAUGCACUGGAGAUGACUUUAUGCUAACAGGACUCCAUGCCUGUGGAGACCUGUCAUCAACUUUGCUCAGGUUAUUUAUUCAGUGUUCUGAGUGUGUAGCAUUGGCCUCAGUGGCAUGUUGCUAUAUGAAACUCUCAUGUGGAAAUCCCAUUCCAGGAUACCCAAUGUCCAGUAUUGUUUCCAGCAUAUCUGGACACCAAAUGAGCUGGGAAGCAAGAGAAUUAGCUUGCCACUUUGUUGAUUGUUACAUUCAGAGGUUAAAAGGCAACUCCCCAGCCUUGAGAACACAUUGCUACAGAGCAGUUGCACAGCAAUUUAUUCUUGGCAAGAAACCCAACUUUCAACAUGGCAGAAUCAAACUCACUGUAAAGAAUUCUCAUCAAAUGCCAGUUGACAGGUAUAUCAAAGAAGUUUUAAAAAAACUUGGUCUAGAUGACCAGUUAUCUGAAGAACAGAUUAGAAAAGCACAAGUUCAAGUGAAUGACUGGAAGUCUGUUGUCAUCUUCUAUGUCCUAAGGCUGGCCUUGGCUCCUGUGGUGGAAAGUGUAAUACUCUUGGACAGAAUGCUCUACCUUUGGGAACAAGGUGCAGACAGCUAUUUACUGGCAAUAUUUGAUCCUCUGCUGUCCCCAAGGAAUUUUGUCCUGGUUGCUCACAAGCGAUGAAUGGAGAGGAGCAUGAGAUAUACAAUUAAUAUACAGUUAAUUGUAGCACAUUUUAUAUAUUUUUACACCCUUUACCUACACUAUUUCCAAUAAUGCAUCGUUAGUCAGAGUGCAUCCAUAAUGAUUCAGGCAUAUAUAAUCAUUGAAGGUUUUUAUAUAUACUCAAGCACAAGUUUAGCUUGUGUGUCAUGGUGGUGUAGAUAUUUAAGUGCAGGUUUUGUGGGGGGUUGUUGGUCAAUAUGCAAUGAAAGGGGUUUUUAACUUUGUAUGUACUUCUUUUAGUGUUCUUAUUCAACCAACACUCCAGUUUAAAUUAUGAAAAGGGAUAUACUUUUAAAAGUUUUAACCUGUUUUACAGCUUUCUUGUAAGAAUCUUCUUGCUCUUUUUAUUACGUAGGAAUUGUACUAAAAUGGUUAUGGGUUCAGACUUAAUGGAAACACUGGGCUAUAAUUUGCCAGUUCCUACUGGUUUGUUGUCCAUUUGUUUCAAUGACAUACUGACAUAGCCUUCAUAUCAUAUAUAGUCACCAGAUCAUACCCCUCCAAGUCAAACAUCUAUACAAAAUAGGGUUUUAUUCUAUUAAAACUGUAUGAUUUAAUUGAUUCGUUGGACCUGCAUUUGAGAUUGAAAAAGAUUGAAAUUUUUGCUUAGCAAAAAAAAAAAGUAUGUUUCAUUUCCUGGAAAGUGUAACAAUAAAGAAAGAUCAAGUGUUUUUCUUCUUUAAAUUCUUAACAAGAAUUAUACCUUAAGUAAUAAAUGAUUUAUUACUCAUAUUUGAAUAAUACAUCUAACAAAACUGAAUUAUGAUAUGGCAAGUAUGACUUGACUUGUGAAGAAAGUACAGUUUGAUAUCUGACAAUUCUAUUCCAGCACCUAUUAUUUCAAUGGAAGUUCCUCAAUACAAAAACUUUUCAGAACCAUGCUUCUGGUGAUAUACUUUUGAUUUACACCUGGCAACAGCUAAGCUUAAUUUUAUAAACUAUACGCAACCUCUGAAAUAAAGUGAUAAACAAAUAAUGCGGAACAUGGCCUAAGGAAGGAUUUAAAUUAACAAAAAUAUUUCACAACAUAUUCAUGUCUUAUAUAAUUUUGAUUAUAACAGAAUGUCAGGUAUAAAAAUGGCAAGUAUUUAGAAAACGUUCUAAAAGAAUAGAAGUACAUUUCACAUAAAGUAGUGAAGUAGUAUAAAAUAUUGAUCUAAAAAUAAAUGAUUGUCUACAAAAAGAAUAUGCAAAACAUACGAUUUACAAUAUCUUGUCUCUAUGUAGAAUUACCCUAUGUAUAUAUUUAACAUUGGAAAAAAGAUUAAAAAUGUCCAUAACAGUUAUAUCUGAUUUCUUCUGCUUACAUUUUCCUCAUCAGAAUUAGGUCCCUGAUACCAUUCUAAUAAUCUCAAUGUGGUACAUUUUCUUAGAAUUGCAAUAAAGUAUGAUGAAAGUCUUAA